UAGAGGAUGAUAAGUCAGAUGGACUCCACUCACUUUAUAUUGUGUUCACAGGGCUUGUUCAUGCCAGUAGAAAACUUGCAGUAAGCGAAGGGAAACCAUGGCAUCGCUAAGGCUUACACUGUGUGCUGUUUUCGUUGUGGUUCUAAUGGCAGGAGUUGAAGUGAAGUCAGAACCCUUUAUGUGUAGAGUCAACUACCCGAAGGCAGGAAAAUGUCCCGCCUAUUUGAGCCAACAAAAUUAUCCUGACGAUACUCCCCCGCCACGACCCCUCUGCGAAUGCGCCACUGACUACGACUGCCAAAGAGGUCACCUAUGUUGCUUGGGUCAUGGCGGGUUCACCACCAGUUGCUACGAACCCGAAGCUUAGGAGCCACAGGAGUUUCGGUUCGUGAGUCGUGGUUGGCUGGUUUGGGUUGUCGGGUGAGGAGAGAUUUGUAUCUGAUGAAGUAAAGAGAGGAUGUCA